AAAAAUCAGAUGCUUUCCCUGAUUUCCAGAAAUAUUUGCAGUCUCAAUUUUAUAAACGAAAAAUUACAAUCAAUUUUAGCAAAAAUAUUCACCUUGACGGGCGCGCGUUCAUGUUGAAGAGAAGGGAAUUUCACUCACUGGGAGAAAGUUUUACCAGAUUGGUGGCAAAUUUUUAAAGAGAAGUGUAAUUUUAAAGCCAAGCGAAAAUACCAUUUUUAAUAUCGAGAAAUUAUUACAUACACACGUAUCUACACAAGGUUUCUAACAAUGUUUACCCAAAUUUGCGGGAAUUCUGACUACCUAAUUGUAAUGACACUCUUAAAAAUAAUGUCACCCUUUUGAAAAGUGCACAGACACAGUUCAGAGUUCAUUGACACUUCAUUAGGGCGAUGUUUAAGAGUGCUCCGGUUUAUUAUUGUGGAGUCUAUUCAAAAAUAUAAAAGGUUAGCAAGCUUUCUCCUGUUCAACCCUUCUGCAUCAACUAAACAAUAAUAACGGUCAGCUUCCAUUCCACACCGAGAACGGCCUGUCUUUAAGUAUUAAAAAAUAUUAAACAACCGGAGCCAUGUCGAGAAAGUCUGAAAUUCACAAAGGCGAAAAUGAAAAUCAAAACUCACAAAAGGAAAGCUGUUUGGAUCCCCACACUUACGCCCUGAUUGCAGUUGCAGCUAUUCCCGCCACCCUUCUUAUUAUCUUAAUGGGCGUCAGUUGCGUCCUGAUGAGUCUCGACACAGAACGAGAAAAUGCAGUACCAGAAAUUUAUUCCUACAACCAUGCCGACACGUGGAGGACGAAAUACUGGACGAAAUAUGACGCCAAUUCGCCACCCGAGAAGAAAAAUAAUAAUUCGACCCGCAUCAAUAUUUCGUUAACCCGGGUAACUCCAGCCUUCGGAGGGUGCGACUUUACCCUGAACUUUCUCCUCGUACAGGAAUGGAAGGAUGAAGGACUUGUCGUUAAGGAUGAUGCGAAAGGUAGCUCUGUCAUGAAUAUCAAUUCAAUCUUGGGAGAUAACGGAGAGAUGGGAAUCUCAAUUUGGAAACCAUCCCUCACCACGGAUCCAAUCGGACGGGGGGCCAGUUUAGGAAGGGAUGAAACCUGGCUUUGGAAAAACGGAAAGGUGUGCAGAACCCAACAAGUCCUCCUAAUCCUACCCGCAAAUCACUCCCCCAACGGAAACCAUACCGACAAAAAAGAAUACUCGUUCGAAAUUUACGUUCAGGAUUAUUUCCAUGACGUCGUCUCUCUCGAGGAAAGUGAAAAUCCCGUCAAUUUCAAAGUCGACGACGACAAUUGUCACAAAUACGCUAUUUCAUACACCACGCCGCCAGCCCCCAAAAUGGUCAUUAUCCAGGACAAUGACUACUUGUACACCGUCGCCUAUGCGGUGGAGCGAUGUGACUUUAAGGAUCAGUUAGGCGAUAGGGACUUUGUCGAAAUAAAGAGCUGUUUAAGUUUCACCUUAAAGUUGGAGAGGAUUUAAUUUACAUGACAUCAAACGAUUUAUUUGUAAAUAUGUAAAUAUUAUUAGCCGUACAAACAACUUUAUGUAACCCUUUGAAGAGUACUUAAAUGCAGUUUCCACUCUAAAUUAUGUCAACUGCAUCAAAUCCGUGUACAAAAUGAGUGUUCAAAGCGAGUGUAUACAUAAAGCGAGUACAAAAAAAUACCCAUAAAAUAAUUAAAUAGGUAUGUACUUAUUAACAAUAUUGUUUGUAGGAAUUUAAUGACAUAUUUAUUAGAAAGUGUCUUUAUUCUGUAAUAUUCAUAUUUAUUUACAGGAAAUAAAUUACUGCUCUAUUCA